UGGGUCGCGCGCUGUUAACGUCAGCAGCGUCACUGGGGCACGUUGUGUUGGGUCUGUGUUCUACUCCAGCAGUUCCAGUGACUGUGUGUGUUUGAGUAGUUGGGGGUUUUCAUGGCUAAUGGAACUAAUGAAGUUGUGUUUUGUCGCGGAGCUGGACAGAGUGAAGAUUCAGACAUUUGGGAUGACACUGCCUUGAUAAAAGCAUAUGAUAAAGCAGUUGCAUCAUUCAAGAAUGCUCUAAAAGGAGAGGAUGAAAUGGCUCCACUAAAACAAGAGAAGCUUGGAAAUAAACGCAAAAAUAACAAAAAGAACAAAAGCAGAAAGAGAUGUAAUGCAUCUCCAGACAGAGAGUGGAAAGUCGGAGACGCCUGUUAUGCGUUUUGGUCAGAGGAUGGAAAUGUGUACGCUGCUACCAUUUCCUCUAUUGACCCAGAUAAGGGCACCUGUGUAGUGUAUUACACUGAGUAUGGUAAUGAAGAGGAGCAGAAUCUGAAGGACCUUCUGUCUGAACUGGAAGAUUUGCAAGAGGAAACAAAAACAGAUGUGAAAGAGGCCAAGUCUUCAACAGAAGAGAGUGACACAUCUUCUGCUCCACACCAGUCUCAUCAACAGAAGCACAAGCCUAAAGGCAAAGCUCCAAAAGGACCUCCCAUGUGGGGUCCUGGCUUUCCCCCUGGACCCCCAUUUGGACCUCACUUCAGAACGUCUGAUGGCAAAAGAAGAGGAGAUUCUGGACCUGCCUUCCCUGGGUGGCCCCCAAUGCUUCCACCUGGUCCACCGAUGAUCCCACCUCCUCCACCAAUGAGUCCAGAUAUGUUGGAGGGUGAUGAGGCCUUAGGCAGCAUGCUGAUCUCGUGGUACAUGAGUGGCUACCAUACAGGAUACUACUUAGGCUUGAAACAAGGCCGCAGAGAGGCUGCAGCAAGGAAGUCUCAUCACAAAUGAAGACGUCAGGAGAUCAUUUGGUUGGAAUUGACUUGGGCGAUGUGUUGGAUUCAUUUCAUGUUUUGUAUUCUUUGUAAAUAAAAAAAAUAAAAUCUGUUCUUUUU